AUGGCUGUUGUCUUCUCUCCUGUCCGUGGAGCCGAUCUUUACGUUAUCCAGUACAAGUUCUCAUACGAAGUUAAAUUUGAACCUAACCGUUAUGAGAUUUCAACUCAGCCUGAAAUUAAAGACUAUAUGAUAUCAAAGAUGGCAUCCUGUUAUUCGUCCGUAGAUGUGCGUGUGGCAGCCGUGUCUUCAUUUAGUACUGGUCCGUUUUCCAGCUUGCUCUCAAUAAAGCCGCCAUUGCUUUCAAUAAGUUCACACCUCGAAUUAUUGAGCAUGGUUUAUAGCGGUAUCCCGGGUUGGCUUGGCGGGUCCAUUGAGCUCACUCUAAAAUAUAUUGUUGGGGAGUGGCCAUUUGGGCUUGAGGAUCUAGAUGUGACUCCAAUAAUGUUUGGUGCCUUUUGCGAGAAAGCGCCUAUCGGCGAAGUUCCUUUGCCAAAAUUUAUGCAAGGUUCUCGCCCGAAUACUGUAGUAGCUCGGCUAGACGCUGACGCCAUGUAUCGUCGAUGUCAUUAUCACUACAGAGUGGCAAAUGUUACUAGUCAACGGUGUCAAACUACUUCAUUUCCGUGGACUAAUGAAAGACGAUCGUUAGUGAUAAGUUGUGAUACCGUGACGAAUAGUUCCUGCGCAGAAAAAACAUCCACAUCUCCCAUCUGUGGACAGAUCAACAAUAUCCAUUAUGAGGUAACAGACAAAAUGUCAGUGUCAGAUGAGCCUAAUAAGGAAAUUCUUUCGCUGAAAGUUACAUUCGAUCCGAUCAUGAGAGAGGAAGAGCUGCCAACACUUUAUUACAAAGCCUACUAUGGAGAAGCGGAACCAUACCAAAAAACUAAAAAUAAUGUGUCCGAUGGCGUCAAGCUCACCCGCAACAUCAAAACUACUACCAACUGUUUGAAAUUUGAAAAGAUUGGACGCUGUUUGAAGAUCAAGAACAGCGUUUUGAUAUCUGGCAUUCGUAAUGAUGAAACAUAUGGCAUCAUUUUUUGUGCCAUCAAGGAUACCAGAAAUACAAUUGCACUACCUUAUAUUUAUGGAAUGAGUGCCACGAAACUAGAAGCAAACAAGGUUUACGUUAGUUCUAUAGCGGAUUUCAAGACUGAGACGAUAUUAUUUACAACUGGCGCAGCCUUUCUUCUGAUGAUGGGUGCCAUCGCCGUGUGGUGCUACAUCAACAAGCAGGAACGAAAUAACAAAAUAUAUCAACUGAAGUCAACGCAAAAACAGAAAAAAAGAAGUAGCCCACACAGUCUUCCUAAAGCAUCUGACAACUGGGAAAUCGAGCGCAGUAAUCUCAUAGUUUACGACGGAGUAAAGCUUGGAUCUGGUGCUUUUGGAGCGGUCUAUCUAGGUAGACUCAUUCGCAAAUCCCCGCUAAACCACAAUUUCAAGUCGCUUUCGGUGAAUCUGAUGAAAGCGGAAAGUUGUCAGGUGGCAGUCAAAAUGUUACCAGAGCCUGCCGAUGAUGCGUCAAGGAGCGAAUUUUUGAGGGAAAUUGGGUUGAUGAAACUCCUCGGAUAUCAUGAAAGGCUAGUCAACAUGCUGGCAUGUAUCACAGAAUCUGCGCCGCUUUGCCUUGUCGCCGAGCUUUGUAACUACGGUGAUUUACUGAAUUUUCUUCGAAUACGUUGCAAGUACAUGAUCAAACUCAACGCAGAAGGAAUAGACUACAGCGAUCUACCUGUGGAUGGUAACUACAACAUAGAAAUGGUGGUAACCUUGAAGCAGUUGCUGAUGUUCGCGCUGCAAAUUUCUUAUGGUCUUGAGUACCUAUUUAGCAAGGGAUUUGUUCAUCGCGACAUUGCAGCUAGGAAUAUACUUGUGAAUGCGAAGGCCUCCUGCAAAAUUGGAGACUUUGGACUUUGUCAGAAUUUGUAUUCAAAUACUUUGCUCAACGAAAACAAGGGUUGCCGUUUACCGCUGAGGUGGAUGUCACCGGAGGCAAUACGACGUUAUGAGUUCUCACCACAAAGCGACAUAUGGGCAUUCGGCGUAUUGCUCUUCGAAAUCAUCACGUUAGGCGGUUCUCCUUAUCCACUAACUCCUGCCAAAGAUCUGCUCCAUUAUCUCGAAAGUGGAAGACGAAUGGAACGGCCUGACAACUGCCCCGAACAAUUCUAUGAAUUAAUGACUGAAUGUUGGCGUUUUGAACCUAAGGAACGACCAGAUAUUUCGACAAUUCGCCAGAAGUUAGCUACUCAGCUUGAGGAAAUCACUGAAGAAUAUAAUUACUUGAAGCUGGAUAGCCAGAAAGACUAUUACAGUAUAGAAUGUGCGGUUGAAAAGCGUGAUAUAAUAGUAAUUAAUGAAAUAGAGGAAAGUACUUCACUACCGAAACCACAAAAAACACAAACGCUCUCGUCUGACAAUUUGAAUGUUGAUGACGUCAACAUAUGGAGCACCAACGUAAAUCCUGGAAACAAUAGGACGGAAAACGAAUCCUCGUCAACCUUGCAACCAUGUAGACAACAGCAUUUGUGA